AUGAGUGCUAAGUUGUUCGCUACCAUCGCCUCUGGCGCCUCAGCUCUAGUGAUCUUCGCUAGCUUGUUCUACGUCGGUGUCAUCUUCCAGGACAUCAACAACUUCUACGAUGACGUCAUGAGUGACAUGCAAGAGUUCAAGGUGAUUGCCAACCAAGCCUGGAGGGAGAUGGUUAUCCCAACCGCCUCAUCUGGAAACACUGAAGUCGGAACCAUCUUCGGACGUGACAAGCGUGCUGCUGGACACUGCGGUUGUGCCGCUCAGCCUAACAACUGCCCUGCUGGUCCUCCAGGACCUCCCGGAAAACCUGGUCUUGCAGGUGAAGACGGACCUAAUGGUGAGCCAGGAAGAGCCGGUACCCCAGGAAAGGCCAUGUUCAACCCCAAGACCCCAACUGGAUGCAUCACAUGCCCAGCUGGAGCACCUGGACCGGCCGGACCCGAUGGACCUCAAGGAGCUCCUGGACCUGAUGGACAACCUGGAGCACCAGGUGGACCAGGAAACGGUGCACAGCCUGGACCUCCAGGCCCAAUGGGAGAUGCUGGUGCGCCAGGACAGCCUGGAUCACCCGGAGCCCCUGGAGCCCCCGGACAGAACGGAAAGCGAGGACAUGGUGCACCUGGACCACAAGGACCAUCCGGACCAGCUGGACCAGCUGGACAACCCGGAGCCAACGGCCAGCCAGGAGGACCAGGACAGAGCGGCCCACAAGGACCUGCUGGACCUGCUGGAAAUGAUGGACAGGCUGGAGCACCCGGAACUCCUGGACAGCCCGGAGGCCCAGGUCUACCUGGAAGCGAUGCCGCUUACUGCCCAUGCCCUCCUCGUACUGCCGAUGUCGAGAGCACACAUCAAUCUCAGGGCGGUUACAGACGUCGUUUCUCCAAGAUCUAA